AUGCAAAAUUCCUCUGUUUCUACUCUAUCUUCUUCCCCGCGUCAGUCCAUUUGUGUAGGUGCAAUUCCGGUCGCCGUUCUCAGUCCCGGCGACCCCAAUUCUGCACCAAGUGGUAUCAGCUUUAUCGAUCCUGUUCCUGUGAUGGUCGAAACACGCUCCAGCGACAUGCGUCGGUUGGAGGAGAUGCUAGAGGCAGCUAUGGCGGAUCUCUCCAAUCAGAUGGCUGAAUCUGAUAGGCGACGUGUAGAGCUCGAUAAGAUCCGUGACACCUCUGAUGGAUCUCGCGAUCUAGCGAUGAAGGAACUUCGCGAAAGUCUCUUGGCUCUGCAACUCCAACAAAACGAGUUUCUCACGCGCUUCGCGCCUCACACGCAUGACAUGGCUGGGCAUUUUGCUGGUGGAGCUUCACACGGUCAAUUUGGUGGGGGACCGCACCACCGCCAGCAAUACUUCGCUACGCGCCAAUCCAAAGUAGGAUUCCCGAUCUUCACCGGAGAGGACUUAGCCGGGUGGAUCCUGCGUUGCGAUCAUUUCUUCGCGGUUGAUCUGACCCCUGAGGACUCUAAAGUCCGUCUGGCCGUGAUUAAUUUCGAAGGAAGAGCUCUUCAAUGGUUCCAGAAUUGGGCUAAAUACCAGGAUCGGGCUAUGUCGACGCCUUGGCCGAUGUUUUUACAGGCGCUUGAAGCUCGAUUUGGUGAGCAACUCUUGGGAGACCCGAUGACUGAACUCCUUGCGCUCAAACAAACAGGUUCAUUCGCUGACUAUCAUGAUCGUUUUGAACUGCUAUUGGGCCGUGUUUCUCUCUCUGAAUCCAAUGCAAUUAGUCACUUCAUUAAUGGAUUGAAACCAACUGUUCAACGAGCGGUACGCAUGUUUAUGCCUCAAACUCUAGUGCAUGCAUAUGCUUUAGCUCGAUUACAGGACAUGUCUGUACCAUUAAAAGAGAAUGUCACUUCUACUAAUCGUCGGUUCACUUCCUCUGAUAUUCGCUCUCAAAACACUUCCACACCCCUGUUUCCUACACCUACUAUUCCAGCUUUUAAAUCUAGACGUUUACUGACUGAGGAGGAGAUGGCUGAUAAACGUGCUAAGGGUCUUUGUUAUGGAUGUGAUGAGAAAUUUGAGCGAGGACAUCGUUGUGUUCGAAAGCAACUUUAUCUACUUGAAAUUGAUGAUAGUCUACACACUGUGGAAAUAGCUUCUGAUUCUUUGUGUGAUGAUAGUGGUGAGGAUGAGAACCCUCUGAUUUCUAUACAUGCUAUUAAUGGCUCUUCCUCAAAGCAUUUUAGGACCAUGAGAGUCACUGGUCGUGUGGGGAAAAAGGCUCUCCAUAUACUCAUCGAUUCAGGAAGCACACAUAACUUCCUUGAUUUACAUUUAGCUAAAAAGCUAGGCCUUACCCUCACGGCUGUAACUCCUGUCUCUGUUGAUGUAGCAGAUGGAAACCGACUGGAAUGUAACUCUAUGUGUAAAGGGUUGCAAUGGUUUUUGCGAGGUACUGCUUUCUUGACUGAUGUGCUUCUUUUGCCUUUGGGAAACUGUGAUAUGGUGCUUGGUAUCCAAUGGUUAGAGACACUGGGUGAAAUUCAAUGGAAUUUUAAAAACUUAACUAUGGACUUUACCCUGAAUGGAAAGAGACACCUUUUGCGUGCAAGCUAUAAUGACCACACUGUGCAGGCUGUAUCUGAGAGGGAGAUGAGUAAGCUUCUGUCUCAUACUGAUGGUAUUCAAUUAUGCUGUAUACAAAUGAAUGAGGAGGGCCACUCUGACCUUUUCACUAUGAAAAGUGACUCUACAGUAGUACUUCAUCACUCUCCCCAGAUUCAAUCAUUAUUGGAAGAGCACAGCUCUGUUUUUGCUGAACCAUCUACACUUCCUCCCAUGAGAUCCCACAAUCAUAAGAUCACUCUUCUUCCUGAGGCUGCUCCUGUUUCUUCUCGGCCCUAUAGACAUUCUGCAUUGCAGAAGAAUAUCAUUGAGAAGCAAGUUUCUGAGCUUCUACAACAAGGUUUUAUCCGGCCCAGCUCUAGUCCUUUUUCUUCUCCAGUGGUAUUAGUUAAAAAGAAAGAUGGCACAUGA